CAUGGGUUUAAUAUUAUCUCUAAUGAAGAGCAGUCACAGCUUCAUUCAUAAAACAGCGACUAGCGUUCAGUCCCCGGCAUUACUGAAGCGUUCCGUUCCGUUCCAUUCUGACGCAGCGAGAGGAGGCGAGCAGCUGAAGCCCCGCUCGGUGGAGAAUAAGAGCCGGACGCCGUCGGUCUCCGUUUAAACGAGCUCUCUUUCGUCACACUUUUCCCGGGAUCCCGGCGAAGCGAGCGCCCGUGUCUCUCUGUAAAGCGGUCCGGAGCGCCGCGCCGCGGAAGGUCUCCCCGCUCGAGAGACGCAGUGGUUCGGUCCGGGAUCGCGGAAGCUCUGAGAGAGUCGGAGAAGUUUGUGUCGAUGUUCUCGUGAGGAGUCCGAAGAGACGCGCGGAGACUCGAGAUGCGGCGGAAGCAGAAGAGGCUGCUGCAGGUCGCGCUGCUGCUGCUGCUGGUGUUCCUGUUCCUGCCGAGCGUCGGCUUGUGGUCCGCGUCUCUGGAGCGGAUGUUUGACAGCUCCGCGGACGCCGCCGGACUCUCCGACCUACAGAGAAUGAACAGACAGAGAGAGCAGAGCGCCGGCGUGAGGAAGAAGGACUGGCACGACUACGCUCUGAUGAGGAACGAAGCGGCUCGUUCAGGUGUGGGUGAGCAGGGCAGGCCGUAUCCUCUGAGCGACUCGGACCGCGUGGACCAGGCCUACAGAGAGAACGGAUUCAACAUAUUCGUCAGCAACCGCAUCGCCCUCAACAGAUCGCUGCCGGACAUCAGACACCCGAACUGUAAGACCAAGCUGUACACAGAAGAUCUUCCCCACACCAGCAUCAUCAUCCCCUUCCACAACGAGGGCUGGUCGUCUCUGCUGCGCACCGUUCACAGCGUCCUCAACCGCUCGCCGGCGCAGCUCAUCGCCGAGAUCAUCCUCGUGGGCGACUUCAGCGACAAAGAACACCUGAAGGCUCCCCUGGAGGAGUACAUGGUGCGUCUGCCCAAGGUUCGAAUCCUGCGCACUAAGAAGCGUGAGGGUCUGAUCCGGACACGACUGCUGGGCGCCGCGGCUGCGAAGGGUCAGGUCAUCACCUUCCUGGACUCACACUGCGAGGCUAACGUGAACUGGCUGCCUCCGUUACUGGAUCGCAUCGCAGAGAACCGGAAGGCGAUCGUGUGUCCGAUGAUUGAUGUGAUCGACCACGAUAACUUCGGCUACGAGACGCAGGCCGGCGACGCCAUGAGAGGAGCCUUCGACUGGGAGAUGUACUACAAACGCAUCCCUAUCCCAGCUCAGCUGCAGAAAACUGACCCCAGCGACCCGUUUGAGUCUCCGGUGAUGGCCGGCGGGCUCUUCGCUGUGGACAGGAAGUGGUUCUGGGAGCUGGGAGGAUAUGACACGGGUCUGGAGAUCUGGGGAGGAGAGCAGUACGAGAUCUCCUUCAAGGUGUGGAUGUGUGGAGGCCGUAUGGAGGACAUCCCCUGCUCUCGAGUCGGUCACAUCUACAGGAAAUACGUGCCCUAUAAAGUACCGGGCGGAGUGAGCCUCGCCAGGAACCUGAAGCGCGUGGCCGAGGUGUGGAUGGACGAGUACGCCGAGUUCAUCUACCAGCGACGGCCGGAGUACCGGCACCUGUCCGCCGGAGACGUGACGUCUCAGAAGGAGCUGAGGAGCAGACUGAGCUGCAGGAGCUUCCGCUGGUUCAUGACCGAAGUGGCCUGGGAUCUGCCCAAACACUACCCUCCUGUGGAGCCUCCGGCCGCCGCCUGGGGAGAGCUGCGUAACGUGGGCUCCGGUCUCUGCAUGGAGAGCAAGCACUUCUCCUCUGGUUCCCCGAUCCGUCUGGAGAAGUGUCUGAAGGGACGAGGCGAGCCGACCUGGAGUCACGGUCAGGUCUUCACGUUCGGCUGGAGAGAAGACAUUCGAGUCGGAGACCCGCUGCACACUAAGAAGGUGUGUUUCGACGCCGUGUCUCACAGCAGCCCUGUGACUCUCUACGACUGCCACGGGAUGAAGGGGAACCAGCUGUGGGCCUACAGGAAGGAUCAGAGCCUCUAUCACCCCAUCAGUAACAGCUGUGUGGACUCAGACGCUGCUCAGAAGCGGAUCUUCAUGAACUCGUGUGAUCCGUCGUCUCUCGGACAGCAGUGGAUCUUCCAGAACACCAACGCCACGGUCCUGGACUCCUUCAACCACAGCGACUGAGCACUCAUCAUCUUCAUCAUCAUCUUCAUCACUCUCCAGACUGUGUGUCUGAGGACGAUCUCAGAGAUGAUUCCCGUCACAGUCUGAUGCCGUCUCUCAUAAACACUGACGGCUUUAUUUAUUUGCCUGCUCCCUUCCACAGAUUCAUCAAGGAAACGGUUCUCAUGAAACCUGAUUUUAUUACCCACCGUCUUUGUUGUUAACAAAUUAGUUUUUUCUCAUUUUAGGACAUAAUAUUUUAAUGCGAAGGCUGCAGGUUUGGGUUAAACCCCUUCAGAAGCUGUUCUGAGGAAGUCUUAGUCGAUCUUGUUAUAUUCUCCUGGAAACCAGUGCAGUUGAUCUAAGAUUAAGAUCCUUCCAUCAGUCUCAUGUAGUUUCUUCCCCAUCAUCUGGUUCUCAGUAACUGUUUGCACCCAAA